GGCAGGCGGGCGCAGGGGUUCCAGUUGCUGGUGCCCAGCGCUGGGCGCUCUGCGGUACCGCUCCAUGCUGCCAUCACUUUCAUCCCAUUUACAAACGGGCAGCUGGGAUGCCCUCGGGGUGGUGCGGCCGCACCGCUGCUUAAAGUCAAUUCACCGUGGUGAAUAUUUGAGGGCUCUGAAGAGAGGAGGAUUCUCAUUGGAAGCCAGAAGUCGGUGCCAGCUUCAUCAGUCAGCACUGAGGGCAGUGCUGGCUGUGCUGCCUCCCUCAGCUCUGCAUUCAUCUGCUUCAGGGCUGCGGUUCCCGGGACCAGGCUGGCUGCAGGCAAACCCAAGCAUGGCGCUCACGCUCUGCCCUCCUCACCUGUCUGCUGGCUCUUCUCAAAGCGUUCCAGGAUUUACCUCGGCUGAUGCAAAAUCCCAAAGCCGAGGACAAGUGUGGGGCCGGCACCACUUGUGCUCCGAAAAACGAUGGCAGCCUUUAGAGGUGGAGAGCUGCAUUUGCUUGAAAGAGUUUUGUAGGGGGAGAGCUGAGGGAGGGGGUCAGAAAUAGCUGCAAAAUGUCAAAAAAAGAAAAGCAAAAAAAGAGAAAGAACAAAGCUGUGAGGUAAAGCAAUUUGCACUUAACCCACUUGAGAGCUGCCCUCCCAGAAACGGAGUGAUGCGAUGCUUAUCUGCAGAAAGGUCCCACCGGCGGCAGUUUGCUGUUGGGGCAAAUUGCCUGCUAAUUUGUGCUCAAGCUAGCCAAUUAGUCAGCUCAUUACACCUUCCUGACUGGUCUGGAGACUGGAGCCCAUCGCCGAGGGGACGGGAACUUCCCAGGGAGGUGCCGGAUCAGAUUGCUGUGUCUUUUGAUCCCUCCGGUGUCCGGCAGACUUGAGAUGUGAGCUCCAACUGUCAGACCUGGAGACCCACUUAUUGGGAGCCAAUGAAGCCGAAAGCAAAGAGACCUCUUGGGGUUUCCCUGGAGGUCAGAGGGAAAGGGAAUGGGUCGCUGCCAGGCAGGGAGUGCUGAAGGGGAAUCUGAAAGGUCUGCGCUGAGCUGUGAGCCAGCAGAGCAGGGAUCUCACUUUGCUGAGCCUCUGCUGUUUAUUCCUAUCAGUAGUAUCUAUUUCAUAUUAUUUCAUGUAUUCAAACAGUAUGGUAUUUCCAUUUGUUAUUAGUUUCAAAAAUGCCCUUUGAGGCACCUCUCACAACCCUCUCCAAGUGUCUGCCUCCAUGUGUGCUGAGCCGUGAGCAUCAUAGAUUAAAUGGAAAGGGUGGAAAAGCUGAGAAAAGCACAGGAUCAGUGUAACAGAUGCAUUCCAUGCAGCUCUCAGAGGGUGAAACACAUUGGCUUUAAGGUGGUGUCAGGAUCCUGGUGGGGCUCAUGCACAGCCACCACCUUCCUCUGGCUGUGGUUCCCAUUGCUGCAUGGAUAGCAGAAUGUUUUCCUUCCUUGAAGGAGUGAUUUGAGAAUAAGGGCAUUAAGUAGCACACAAGUCUGGUGCUGAGGGAGUGCAGGGAGUGAAUGCUCUCAAAUAUUGUGGUUCUGGGGUGCUGGGUCCAGUGUGUGUGGGUCAGCAUGGGUCCACAGUAGAGGUGUGCCCAUCACAGGGCUGGCUGGCUUGGGUGCAGCAUCCCAGUUUUGGGUGCUCCAGUGGGUGGCUGUGGUGACUGGGUACAGAGGUGGGAAUGGAGCAAAAGGUGAUGGGAAGGGGCAAGUUAGAGGUUGGCUCCCAUACCAAGAGGGAGCUGAAGGCUGGCUCAGGGUGCAGGGUGGAACUGGAGGACCUGCAGGGUAGAAGCCAAGAUGAAAGUCAUCAGAACCAGUCAGGGACUGCAUGAAAAGAUGUUCAAUUGAGCCGUUUUGGGGGCUCAACCCUGACUUGCUAAAAAUACAGCUGUUGGUAGCCUGGCCUGACCAGACAUGCUCGUGAACUGCAGCUGGAGCACAGCUCACUCCCAUCUGGGCUUGUGGCUUGGGACUGCCAAGGGUUCACUCCUUCAGCGACCAAGAGCUGCUGCUGGUGUCAGGGUGGCUGUCUCUGUCCCAUCCAGGCUGCCCCUAAUUGGCUCCAGGCCCUCCUCUGGGCCACCCUGGGGUGGGAGAUGCAGCUGACCCUGCUCAAGGGCAUCAGUGCUGGGAUGGGAGCAUGGAGGUAGCAAGAGUGCUCCGCUUGUGUUAGUGUCCUGUGUCCUUCAGGAGUGUGGCCCUCUCUGAGGGUUGGUGGGCUUUUCUGGCCUGCUGGAAACCAAACCCAAGGAGCAUCAAACCCUUGGGCUCUCUCUCCAUGGACCUCUUGGACCACUGUCUGUGUGUGGGUGAGAGAAGGACCCGGGCCAUGAGCUCCCAGUGAUGUGAGUGAGAGGUCUUUGCUGGCAGCAUCCUCCUAGUGAAAUCACCAUUCCUACCCACCUCCUGCCUGGGACCAAGGUGGAUCUAGGUGCCCAUCAGCAGCAGAUGCUGUGCCAGCUCCAGUAAUGUCCUUGUAGAUGCCACCUGCAAUGAGGAUUUGGAUGGCACUGUGUGGAUUGGUUCCCCUGAAUGGGUGCUGGUGACAAAUCCCAUCAUUACUCAAACUGGUCUCGCAGUAUGGGGAGCUGGUGGCUUCAUCCCAAGAGAGGUGGGUGUCAGCUUUGGGUCUGGAUGGUGUGUGCCCCAGGGCUGUGCCUUCUCACCGGGGCUCCUGUGUGCCCGAGUUAAAUCCUGAGUUAAUCUCUGCUCCAAAUUCAACUUAAAAGUUAAGCUUAAAGGCUUACUUUAGGGCUGGGGUCUCUGUUCUUUUCUUAGAUAAGAAAACGAACAACACGAAGUAUUGAGCUAGUUCCUGCUUCAAAGCAAGCCUGUGUCAUUCAGAGCAGGUAUCGCCAUUGCAACACAAUUUUAGAACAAAGAAAGAAAACAGAGACAAAACUAAAAACAGGAACCAGCAGAUAAACAAUCCGCUGGUGCUGCUGUGCUGAGCUGAGCUCCUUCCUGCUCUCAGCCAUCUGGCAGGUCAGUGCGGGGACCUGGGGGUUCACUGGGCCAGCAGAGCCUGGCUGUCCUGGUUGGCUCUUCCCAGUGGGGAAGCCAGCUGGGGAAUGGUUGAAAAGCUUCUCCAUCCAUAGAAUACAAUAAAUAAUGAUGAAUGAAACCAAAGAACCUGCAGCACUGCGGUGUGAGCAGAGCACCCAGCUCUCCUCUUCCAGGCGUUCCUUGGGAGGGAUGCCACAAGUUCACCAAUCUGACCUGGGCGAGAUGUUUCUCCUGGCUGUGUUGUGAGGUUGGCAUCUGGCUCCAGCCCCGAGGAAACUGAAUGUUGCCAGGGUUUCCAUAGCAGGGGUGCUGGUGAGCUACUGAGAGCAGGAGGAGCGUGGUCAGCGCUUGGGGCUGCAGCUGCCUGGGGCUGCUGGGAUGGGAGAAUGGGCACAGCAGCAUCCCUGGUGGCAGGCACCUGUUUGGGUACUGGUGUCCCUCCUCAUUGCCAUGGAAAACUGGUGUAAGGCUGGGCCCAGGAGAGCUGACUUGGUGGGGGUCUCUUAGCAGUGAGAACCGAAAUAGCCGUGCGUGGAGGAAGAUGCAUUAUUUGAUCUGAAAUUACAAGUUUCAUCUACGUGUGGCCCGAUUUUUACUUUCAGAGCUGCAGUCAGAUGAGUGUGAAUGCUGUUUCAAAAUGAUGGGCUGGCCAGUUUCAUUCUGAGCCCUCGAGACCCCCUCCCCCCCCCCCCACUCCUCCCCUCGUGCACCCUCCGAGCAGAAGCGUUUUGCUGAGGUUCAGAGCAGCUCAGUGCGGAGGUGGCUCACUCUGAAGCAGUUUAUCUGAUCACUUUCUUCUUUUUGCCAGGUUUCCUGCAGCCCUCUCAUUGCUGCUACCGUGAUUCAGUUUGCUAAGCCCACAGCCCUCUGAAACUUGACCCUAGGCAGCAUCUCCAGCAUCGCUGGGGCAGUGCCCUUGGUUCUGUCAAUGUGAGUCUGGCUCCCGGUGCUGUGAGACACGGCUGAGGCUCCAUCAGCCCAAAGGCAGCCUAUCCCAGGGCAAAGACAGAAAAGCCGUGCAGUAUUAGGGCUGAGCAUCUUUAUUUUGUUUUCCCAUGGAGCCUUCAACUUCGAGACUGAGAUGAAAAGCAAUGGCAGUUUGCCGGGGGCUUUUUGCCCCUCUGGAUUUUCCUUUCCUGGUGUUCUCAGCCUCUUCACCCCAUGAGCCUUAGCCUUAAGCUCCGGCUGCUAACGUGGUAAUCUUAGGGAUGGAAUUUGGGAAAUCCCAUUAAAUAAUUCCCCUUGCAGCAACGCGAAUGGCUCGGAUGGAGGCAUUAGCACGGAGCUGACGUGUUUUAGGCAUUCCUCAGCUUCCUCUUGGCUUUCCCUUCUCAUCACCUGAACCGGGCGAGCUCAGUGACGGCCGAGCAGGGCAAAGCUGCGCUGCAGGGAGCCGCGUUAACACAACCACAGCCCCGAACCCAGUUGUCCCACUUCAGCGGCGGCUCAGAACGCUCCUCCCCAACCAGCAGGCAGGCAGCCCGUCCCCUGCCCGGCUCGCUCAGCGGGCUGCGGCUGUGCAGAGCCGAAAUCGAGUACGCCGCUUCCCACGGCUGCACCGCUUUGUGCUUUCUAUGCACGGGGACGGGCUGGGCGCUGCGUUUCUUUAUUUGGUGCUGCCGCUCGGGGCUACGUGAUGCUGAGCGCUGCCGGCUCCGACAUCACACGCCGCACGUGUGGGAGCUUCGUGGUUGGGAUGUUCCCCUCCUCCCCUUCUCCCCCUCCCUGCUCUUGCGUGGUGUCAAUGAAGCCUCGCAGCUCGCUGCGUUCCCUUGGGAGCAAAGCGUCGCUGGUGCAGGGCUGGAGAAGUUGCACCGAGCAAUAAGUCAGCCCUGCUCAGACCUCAAUUCCUCCCUGCCCUCGGCUCCCCUGCCCAGCUCUGGGCAUGUGAUGCUUCCUGUCUCCAGGUUUUGGCUGUUUUAUGAUAUCAGGGAUGCUUUCUUGAUGGGCUUGCUGUUGCAGACAGGAGACUGGAUGCAAAACAAGAAACUGCUUGUGAUGGGAAAGUGGCUCUUUGCCUUCAUUUUGCCCCUCCUGGACGACUUUUUCUCACCCCCAGUGAGGAUGAUGCUCUUUGGCUGCCUUGCUCUUCCUAUCUCCUUUCUAGGCUGAGGACCUCCCCCUCUGACCAGAGAUGUUUCCUUUUGCUGCACACUGGUGUGCUGUGCCCCUGGGCCAGGAGAGCAGCAGAAGUGAUGGCCAUGCAACUGCUGGGAGCUGCUUAGCACUCAAACCAUCCUGCAGUUGGCUGCUUAGGGAUGCUGUGUCCCAGCUGUGGGCUUCUGAGAUACCCCGACUGUGCCUUGCCACGGAGCCAUUUCCUUUUGCAAAUUUGUAUCAUGAAGUGGUCUGGGCUUCUUUCUGUAAAGAAGCCAAAGUGUUCUGCAGACACUUAAUGUCCGGGUCUAUGAUUUGCCUCUCCAUACCAGAUCUGCUUAGCUACCUUCUGAAGGUGCCCUUGAAUAUUAAAAGGUCUCUGAAACCACUGUUGCACGUUAGGUGCUUCCCCUGUCUGCGGUGGGAGUCUCUCAUUCAGCCCCAUUCUCAGGCACAGUGAGAGCAAGGAGUGAGCUCUAUGUCUUAGUAAGCUUUCCAGCUCUCAUGACUGCUGGUGGAAACGAGCCUUUGCAGCUCAGCAGGACAUCACUGCCCUUCAGACGUGGGCUGUUCCAGAUGCUGAUGGGCUCUCAGCACUAUCCUGUCCUUCCAAAUGGAGAUACAUCCCAGUAGCUGGAAACCUCAGAGGUGGAGUUUGUCAGUGGUGGAUGGAUGCUUAUUCCUGGCUGUGGUUCUGCACGCUCAAUGCGUCCAUGUUUUCCUGUGUUCCUCGUUUAACACAACAGCAAUUUCAUCUGUGUGUGGUUUCGGUUGUCUCAAAAUCUCCCCUGAUCUCAAUGUCUCUAUCACAAGUGUGCCACUCUGUCUGGAUUUUUCUCCUUGGUUGCUUCUUGCAUCCUACUUCACCACCAAACCCCCGAGUCUGCAUUGCUCCUUGAAGCUGUUUCUGCUCUGGUUCAUCCUGUGGUACCCUGAUGGCUGCAAGUAUUCACAACAGUGGCCCCACUUGCGUUUGGCCACCCCUCAGCAUGCCUUUCCAGCCCUGACAAGGAGGGAGGGGAUAGCAGUACAUCCUUUUUCCUGUUGUUUUUUUGUUUGCCUGUUGGUUGUCUUUCGCUAUGUGUAAGUACAGCAGAUAGCAUCAGGGGGGCCUUGGUGUGAUUCACGUUUGUCGUUUGCCCUAUGUAAUUCAGCUCCUUGCUUCAUGGGGAGCUUGGUGUGAUUCAUGUUUGUAGGCUGCCCUGAGUAGUUCAGUUCUGUGCUUCACGGAUGAGGAGAGGGGCAGUGCUGUAGGGUGCACUUCUCAAUAACCCAAGGCAAUUCUUUCAGUCUUAGGGCUCAUUCUCAAGCCCAUACUUUUACUUGGCAGCAGUAGAGGUGGUGCUCUGGGCAAGCCAACAUGUAGUGGGUGGGUGUGUGGGUGGUUUGUAGGGAUGCGAGUGCUGACACCCAAGCAGAUCUCACCUGUGUUUGCCCUCUGUGGCCUCAUCAGUGGUUGGUUUUGUUGGUUCUUAUGUGCCAGGGUUCAGUAAGGGCUCGGUUUGGGUGUUGCCAGCCAGUUUUUGGAAAAGAUUCUCCACGUUGUAGCAUCACAGAAUGGUUUGGGUUGGAAGGGACCUUAAACCCACCCAGUUCCAUCCCUCUGGGCUGCCUGCCUGCUCUUGGGCACUUCCAGGGGUGAGGCAUCCGCAGCUUCUAUGGGCAGCCUGUACCUUCAGGUACACAUGGCUUCACUGCCCUUACGUGGCUUCUCUGCCAGCGAGGCUCCCUGGAGGUGAGGUUAUGCAGGCCAAGGAGCGAAGGUCAGUCACGAUCCCCACUGUGGCAUGAAGUGCUGUUGCUUCUUGGGCUCAAAGCAGCUUUUGUGCUUGCUCAGCGGGACAGGAACCUGUGGGUCUGUAAGGAAAUAAUGUGGUGCCGGAGUGUUUGCAUGGUACGCUGUCCUUUGCAAGCGCCCCAAAAGGAUGUUUGUCAAACCAGUUGCCUCCAGGAUCUUCUGAUAUGCUGCCUUUGUGCAGUUUGAACGAGCAUCUUAUCACCUCCAUCUUGCUGCUCUUUGAUGCGCAGCGCUCGCUUGAGCUGUAAAUACAUGAUGGUUGAAGUUUGAACCUUAAAACUCACAGGUUCCUCCCCUCUUUGCCCUGAUUUCUACAAAGACUUCCUCCAGCUGCUCCCGCUCUCGGCUCUGAGUUUCUAUCUUUGGUUCCUGUGCACGGUGUAGAGGUGGCAAUAAAAUCUUGCAAGCUAAGGGUAGUUAAAGCCAAGAGCUCAGUGUAAUCUAAGAAAAGCAGGCGUUUUUGUUGGUGGAGCAGACACCACGCAUGCACCAUCUGCUGCAGUGCAAUGGGGAUGCAGCUCCCAGGGCUGCCGUGCUGCUCUGCUCCUGUUGCACCCUCCAAGGAGGCAGCAGGCUGAAGUGUUGCUUGAGGGCCAUGACCUUGCCCAAGGUCCCUACUGAUGCACUGGUAUGAGGACCUUGCCCUGAAAAAUAGCUCUGCUUAGAAUCCGGCGGCUUUAAUUCCCAAUUAAGUGCUUUUCCUUCUAUUGUAGCAUCAGCCCAAGCUCCUUUUUCCUUUAUCCUCAUCAGAAUUGCUGCCCUUUGGUCCCCAGUGCCCUUAGCCCUGCUGCAGCAGCAAGCCAAGUGUUGAGGCCCCUCACUGUGCUAACCCACAGGUCAGCAGCUUUGCAAGGUGAUCCACAUCUGUCCUUCCACCCUCUGCCCCUGCCCAUGGACUUGGGCAGUGCGUUCACGACCUGCUCCCGUGGGUCAAGCACUUGUUUUUCCUUCCUGUUUCCUGCUUGGGAUGCUCGGCCAGUGGUCUCAAAGCAAUCAGGGUAGGAAAAGGAGUUAUGUGAAGGUACCCAGGGGCUUUCUUUGGCAGAGCAGGGCGGUGCUUCCCAGUUCAGGUUUCCCUGCAGGAAGGUGGAAGACUUCCAGCCACAGGAGGUACUGCUGGGAUUUGCUGUUCUGGAAGGGGAGGUCUCCACUUAUUUGAUAUUUCCCUGCAUUUCUCCUCUUUGGGGAGGUGCAGGACGUUGGCUGCAGUGCUGCCUCUGAGAGCACUGAGGUGGGCAGGCAGGGAUCUGCUUGCUGCUGGGGGGGGCAGUGCCCGGUGUACCCACAGAAGGUGGCUUAAUUCUCUUCACUCCUUCACUCGGGAAGACCAACACUGGAUUUGGUCUUUGAGCAUCUCCUUCUGUUCCCAUCUAAGAGUGGUGUCCUGGGCUCCACCACAGCAGAAGGAAAUCAGGGAAGUUCUUUGGAUGACAGAGGCUUACGAGGACCUUAACACAGGAAGGUGCCUCACCAUGCAGAGAAGCAGAUGUUUGCCUCCCAAGUCACCUUCUCACGUGCCCUGUCCCCACCACAUGGAGCUGCUGGUGGCCUCGCUCACCUCCUUGACUUGGAUGCUGUAUGCAGAGCGGCAGCAGCACUUGGGCACCCAGGGCCUCAGGUCUCCUUUGCUCUAACCCUGAGCUGGAAAGCUGAGAAAAGGAAAGGUUUGAAGGCACCAAAGGCAAGCAGGGUAACCACAGCCUGUCUCAGCCGAGUGGAAAACGCGUGUCAUGGAGCUGGGAGUGCCUGAGGGCUCUGUGUGUCCUCAAGCUUCAUAAGCCAGCAGGAGAAUCCAUAAAUAAAUGGGCUGAUUUUUUUCAUAUGCUUCAAAAACGUCAUGAUUUUGGCAAACUUUCUACCUGAAAGCAGAAGAGCCACGAGCAGCAAAUCCCCUCUUUCUGCCAAGGGAUGAGUGCUUACCUAUUCAGUGCUGGUUAACGGGAAAAACGUGAUUGCUCUGCCCACCUUUUUAAGCUCGAUUGGAAACCUCUGCGUCCACUUGGGUUGCUGGGACAAUUUCACAGACACCCCAGGAUCCUUUGCUUGUGACAUUGCUUAUAUUCUUCAUCAUUUCUCCAAAACAAAACAAAGCCAUGAGGCAAGAAUGCUGUGUUCUGAAGGAAACCAGAGGGCUUCAGUGUUGUCACAGCGGUAGUGUUGCUGGUGUGAUGCAAGGCUGACAGAGCCAACUGUACCCUGGUUGCGACGCCCCAUGCCCGGAUCCAUGCUGUGCUUCCUGCUUCUGCUCUUGGUCUGUGUCAGCUCCUCCUGCCACCUCCAUUGGGGCAGUGAUGGAGAAGGAGGUGUUCCUAUGGACACUGAGGGGCAGAUGUUUGUCUCUGCUAAGCAGCCAGGGGUACGGACUGUGUGAUGGGAGGCUCAGAGGGCUCCAAGUGGAUGAGGUGUAGCUGUGCUGUGAAGAAUUCCAACCCCUUCUGACUGCUGAUGUUGCAGUGUUUCCAAGCAUUGCCUGCUCUGUCUCUCAGGCGGUGAUGAUGCCUUGCCCAGUGCUGGGCGGCUGCUUUCACUGUCUGCACUGUUACUGCUGGAGAAGGGAAAACAAUCUUGUCUUAGGGACAUCCAGGGCUUGAAGUCCCAUGGUUGGUGUUGUAGGGCAGGGGUCCAACCUGUGAGCAAGGGGCGAGAAGGCAGGGAAACCCAUUGCUUCUGCAGCAUGCUGCUCUGCUUAGACGUGAGCCGGGCAGCCUCCAGCCUUGCUGAUGAGGGUUUUGGGGCACGCUGGGCGUGCUGCAAAACGUGAGCACAGCUUUCACCCUGCAGCAUCUGUGCCAUCCCUUCCAAGCACCUCACACCGACCAGCUGGCCUGCAGGGGGGGGUCAAGACCUAACAGCUCUGCUACUGGGAGUCCGGCUGGAGGGGGGGGGAAGGACAGAUUUCUGUUUGUUUUGUUUUUAAUCAAUGCUUCCCCACCCUCCCAUCGAUCCGAACCCUUGACCUUAACCCUGGUUUCUUCCCAGCUCUGCGGGAAGUCCGAUUACAUCCAAAACUGUCCCCUGCCUUUUUGUCCCCUGUGUCAUUCUGCCCAGUGUGGGUGGAAAGGAAGGGAGAGUUUGGGGAAUAAACAGCAGAAGAGGUUGAAAAGUUCCCACUUGUGGUGAACACGCAGUGCUCUCCCAUGAAAGAUGCCUCUGUAAGCACCCCUUGGGUCGGAUCCUUGUGUGGUCCGUAGCACACCAGGGAGAAGAAAACAAAGGCUCUGUGUUUUCUCUGGUUUAGAACGUAACGAUAAAAUCUUUGUCAUCUUUCAUCCUUACGUUCCCUGCCUGCUCUGUGCUGAGGCAUUGGGAAGGGGCAGCUGGGCCGGCACAGGGCUCACCUCAUCGCCCUUCCCCUCCCAGAGCCGGGCUGUGCUCUGGAGCAUGUUGGUGUGCAGGAGGUGUGUUUCUGUGAGCCGGGUGUUGGGACGGUGCUGGUGAGUCACGCCGUGCUCUUAGUCACUGCUUGCACCACAAGUCAUGACUAAGGUGCUGUGCAGCUCCGCUCUCAUUCGGUCCCCGGCACCGCAGCAGAGCGCCUCGCGGGCGUUCCUCACACUGUGGAUGUGCAAAACUGUAGAAGAUGUAAUAACAAACCGUGGCAGCGGCAGGCAAGGCAGGAGCCUGGGAGCCUCCUCAGGGCAAGGGAGAGAUCUCCCGUGCAGAAGGUCAGCGCUUCCCCUGGCUUCACUUCCACCUGCUCGGAGCUGAGGGAUGGGAGAUGAAUUAAAAUGCAGCACACCACGUGCACAGAGGACAGGAUCUAUCAUGCACUGGAGAGAUGUCUGCACGGGCUUAGCAGAGAUGCUGUCUCCAGCAGAUGGGCUGCAGGGCUGUGCCUGAACUGCUGGAGCCUGCAGGAGCUGGUGAGCAGGGAUGCAGGUAACUACCUCAUCCUGGUGGAGAAAAUCCUCGGCAAGGCCAGGGAGGUGCAGGAGAAGUGUGACUACGACCUGGUGAUGCCCCUGGCCCUGCUUUUCUACUACGCGGUCCUCUAUGCUCCCCACAUCCCUCCAGACUCCGAGCUGCUCCUGAAAGCUGCCAGCAUCUACCACAGCUUCCUCACCUGGCCCGUGCCCUACUGCGACGUCUUCCGUGAGCUGCUCACCUUCAUCAGUGAUGAGCUCAAGGCGCCAGGGAUUUCCUUCCAGAGGUUGGUGAGGACGGAGCAGGGGCUGCCUGUGAAGAACUACCAGAGCUCCACUGUGACGGUGCUGCUGCUGAACCGCUCCGAGGUGCAGAGUGAGUUCCUCUCCAUCGCAGAGAAGCUGAGCAGCACUGAGCCCCCCCGGCACGCCACGCUCAUCCUGCUGCUGGAGCACCUCUACCAGGUCACCUUCGGCACCCGCUGCGACCUGGGCAGCCUGCACCACCUCCUGAAGGCCAAGACACUGGAAGAGCUCUCUGAGAUCUACACCAGCGCUGCUGAAGCGCAGGAGAUUGCAGCCGCCAGCAGUGACCCCGUGUUGGCCCGGGAGCGGCUGCAGAGCGUUCUGCGGGACAUUGCUGGGGCAGCAGCACUUCCUACCAUUGCAGGAGAUGCGCAGCCCCGCAGGCUGCAGCCCAUCCCCAUCCCUACUUCGCGCUGCUACACCUACAGCUGGGACCAGGAUAACUUUGAUGUCCUCAAUGAUGUCCUCAGCAAGGAGUGCAGCGUUGUUGAACCUGUGGCCUCAGAGAAUGAGGAGGACGAGGAAGAGGAGGAGGAGGAUGUGGAAACAGAUGGCUGUUCCCCAGAGAGGGACUCUCUGCUGUCCCCCAUCUCCUCCAUUUCCAAGGACUCUGUGUACUCAGCGCUGUCAGAGGACGGACCCAAGCACUCCUGCGUGUCCCUCUUCAGCAGCUCCAAGGACUCCAUCUCAGAGCUGACGGUGGUCUCCAAGAAGUCCUUGAGGUCUUUUGUCUCCAGCCUGAAGGACUGCAUGGACAGCGGGUACGCAGAGGACAGCGACGAGAGCUCCCUGGACACGCUUGGGCGGCCGGAGCUGAAGGUGGAGAAGACCCACCACAAAUACAGACACACGCUGACCAACAAGAUCUACAAGCUCUUCAAGAGCAAAAGCCAGCUGGUCCUGAGAAGAGACCUGAAGGACUGUGUGGAUACAGGCUCGCUCCCACUGCGCCGUGCUGAGAGCCUGUGCCACCCCCAGGCCAAGCCCCGCAUCCCGGCACGCUCCCGGCGCGCUCACUCAUUGCCACAGCACGGGCUGGGCCAGAAGCUGCAGACCCCGCAGACCCCGCAGCUGCUCAGCCUGCCCCGCCGGCCCUUCCUCAGCUACGACGAGGAUGCCAAAGUGGCCACCAUGCGCGUGGUGGUCUUCGGCUCCGACCGCAUCUCAGGGAAAGUAGCCCGAGCCUACAGCAACCUGAGGCUGAAGGAGAGCACCUGCCCUACACUGACAAGGUACUUCAAGCUGCAGUUUUUCUACGUCCCCGUGAAGAGGAGCUGCCUGCUGCCAGCAGCCCUGCUGAUGCAUCCUCCUCCAUCCCCAAGCGACCUGCAGCUCCGCGCCUUGGCACAGGCGGAGCCCACCUUGGCUGGGGCGGAGAGCAGCACCAACGACAUCUCCCACUACAUCGGCAUGUUGGACCCAUGGUACGAGCGGAACGUUCUGGGGCUGAUGAACCUGCCCAUGGAUGUCCUGUGUCAGUCUGCCAAGCCUGAGGCUGAGCCCCAGGAGGACUCCCGGGAGCAGCUGCCCAUCCUGGCCGACAUGAUCCUCUACUACUGCCGCUUUGCCACACGCCCCGUCCUGCUGCAGCUCUACCAGACCGAGCUCACCUUCAUAGGGGGGGAGAAGAUGACCGAAGUCUUCAUCCACUCCCUGGAGCUGGGCCACUCGGCGGCCACGCGGGCCAUCAAGGCGUCAGGUCCGGGCAGCAAAAGGCUGGGCAUAGAUGGAGACAGAGAAGCAAUCCCACUAACACUACAGAUCGCCUACAGCAAGACAGCCAUCAGUGGAAGGAGUCAGUGGAACGAUGUUGAGAAGGUCUGCACAUCUGUUAACCUCAGCAAAGCCUGCAAGAAGUACGAAGAGCUGGCCUCGAAGACAGAGUGUCUCAACUUGACCAUGACAGAGGUGGUUAAAAGGCAAAACUCCAAAUCCAAAAAAAGUUUCAAUCAGCAGCUCAGUGUGUCCCAGAUCAAGGUAGACAAAGUCCAGAUUAUUGGUGUCCAGUCCUCCUUUGCCGUGUGCCUGGAUCAGGAUGAGCAGAAGAUCCUGCAGAGUGUAACCAGGUGUGAGAUCUCCGUGUGCUACAGACCCAGGGACAGCGAUCCCCUUGCACUGAGAAGGUCCUCUUUGACUCCCCAGGACCCCUCCGAGUUUCAUUCUCUCCUGUGUUUACCCAUUUCCACCUUCAGUGGAGCACUGCCAUAGAAGAACCCUGUGCCCUCAUCGGACCAGGCAUGCAUCCAACGCCAAAAUGAAGCUGUCCUGCUGGAGGCCAGCCACUCUUGUCCAAGACAUCCUGUGAUCUGAAGCUAUAGUGUGGUGAUUGAACUGCUCCUGUUGUGAGCUUAGCCCGUCCUUGGGGAAUGCUGUUAGUGUCAGGCUCUGGUACAGCUCAAGAUUCCCUGGGAGGAAAGUGAGAUCUCCACCUGGUUCAGCAGGCUGCCAACACCUAACUGAGAGGACAAGGCAAAGACAGCGACGUUUUCCUGCCAGCAAAUGGUGCUGUGGCCGUACUUAGUGACUGCAAAGCCCAUGUGAUGCUGGGGAGAAUGCAUUCUGGAAAGUGAAUGUCUUUGGCUGAGUGGUGGCAGGUGGAGCUGAAAACCACCCAACCAAUGUUCUGAUGACGUUUCACUUGCAAGAAGCCAGGGAUGCUGGGGAUGGUUCUCUGGGGAUAGGGACAGGCUUUCUCAGGGUUUGCUUUAAAUUAUGAGAGAUGGGUGUCUUGCAGAGAAACAGCACAAUGCAGAAUGACCCAACUGGGGCCCAGAAAGAGCCCAGCAUGAGUUACAGACUGCUCUUUGUGUUCCAGUGAAUCCAGUGCAAUAGGCCAUACCAGGGCAUGGGCAGCUCAUCACACGUAUGUGUUGGCUGUAAAUGCAGGACCUGCAGGAGAUAACCUUCCACUUCCUGCAGAGUUUCAGGGUUCAUCCAGGAGGGAGAUGGAGUUGCUGUUCAGCUGGUGUUCUUGCAUCCUGCUCACCAGUGCACGAGUGCUAGAGACAUCCCAGAGGCUGAAUGCUCAAUAGUUGCUUGAGAUAGAGCAGGAACCAUGCUCGCACUCAGAGGAGGGAGGGAAGUACUGGGUAAAGUGCUAGCAUUGCCUUGCCUCACCUCAGGGUGUGGCUUUGGUAGAGAAGGACCCAGCAGCAAUAACACUAGUGAUGCUUGCAGGCAAUGAUAGAUUCUGAGAUCCCCUUUCCACUGCAAAGAGAGGUUCCCCCCCCGACUCUUUCUUCUCUCUGUGAGGCCUUAGGUACAGAAAUCUGCAAUAGUUGGGAGCUUUUAGAAGUAUUCUGACCUCAGGAACAAUAAAUGAGGCUAGAAGUGCCUUGCUUGGUUUCACAGCCCUCAGGUUGUUUCUCAUUAGCUGGUGGUUGCACUAACGAUAGCUGGCAGAAGAGCACGCUGCCUGUUGCAGGCUAGGAGUAUGCCAACACCAAGGAUGUGCUCCCUGGGAUGCAUCUGGAAGGGACCUCCAUCCUGCAGGGCUCGGCCACGGUGAGCUCAGCUCCAUCUGAAUCCAUGGGUCCUCCAGCAGAUGGGGCUUGGGCAGCUCUUGGCACUCAUUGGAGUGAGACUGGGCUCCGUCCCAAGGGCUGCGGGCACAGCAGCUGUGUUCCCCUUGGUGGUGACAUUGGAGGAAGCACUUCAGCAUUUUAAGUCCAGCAGGCUCCAAGGACCGGGAGCAGAUUUUCAACGAGUUUUCCCAUUGACUUUUCACAUUUCCCAGACAGGUUUGUGUGCGUCGUCUCAAAUGGGGCUGAAAUUUGACAGCUGUUUUUUUUUUUUUCUCUUUAGUUGUUGUUCGAUCCAUUAAAAUAGCACCUUAUCCUGUCAAAACAGUGCUAUUUGUGAUCCCUGUAUCCGUGGCUAAAUAUAUCCCUGCCGCUGUCGGGGGCGCAAAGCUCUUUGGUCUCAGCUGGCCCCAUAGAACUGCAGGAGAAGAGUUUCCAUGCUGGGGAGGAAAAACAAGCACACCCUCUGGGGACUCGUAAUCCUGGCUCAUUUUCUGACCUCUGAUGCUUUCUGGAAAUGAAAAGAAGGAAGUGGAAGGUUCCUUCAGGCCGUCCUUGUACAUAUGUGCAGCCUUACCAAACCUGUGUCACGUCUGUGCUGAUCUGUAAAAUAGCAUUCAAAGGACUUUUAAUGUCACUGCGAGGUAUUAAAGGAGGAUUUAUUUCGAGUA